AUGGCUGAUGCUACUGUGACUGCAGGCAAACCCGGUGCCGUUGGCAAUGUCAAAGCCCAGGCGUCCCGUACACAAAACGAGCUCCUUGAGUUGAAGAAUUCCAAGGUUCCCUCUACGAAAACCACUGUCACUGGCCAACCUUUGACCCCCUACCAUUCCUUGUUGUACAGCCUUCUUAGCUGGGAGCAACCUCGUGCUACGGCCGUCUCGUACGCUAGCGUUGUUGCUUUCAUCCUUGCCGCCCGUUUCUUGCCUCUCCUCCGCUGGGUCUUCAAACUUCUGUAUCUGGCUUUGGGAUUUACUGCUGCGGCCGAAAUAGCGGGCAGAGUUGUGCUUUCGCAGAGCAUCGCGUCCUCAUUCCGUCCCCGCAGAUACUACACCGUCCCCAAGGAGACUGUUGAAGCCGUCCUGGAGGAUGUUGAGCAGCUGCUGGACUUCUUCCUCCUUGAAUUCCAGCGCAUUCUGUUUGCUGAGAAUGUCAUCCACACGGUUGCGGCGUUCUCUGCUGCUUUCAUUGCCUAUUUCCUCGUCAAGUUCCUCCCACUCUGGGGAUUGUCGUUGCUCUCCGCCACCAUCAUCUACAUUGGUCCUCUCAUUUACAUCAGCAACCGCGAACUGAUCGAUGCCCAGAUCGAGAGCGCCCAGGAGGCUCUCCAUGAGCAAGCCAAUCAACUGAAAGAACUUGCUGGCCAGCGUACGUCCCAUGCAAAGGGUCUGGUGAAGCAGCGCUUGGGUGACUACAGCACCAAGGCCCAGGAGUACAUUAACCACCGUCGCUCGCUUUCUUCUACCCAGAUGACCAAGGUGGCCAGCCCUGCAGUCGCUCAGCCGAAGGUGGAGCCAGCCAUUAAGACUGAGGACUUCCCGGUGGCCCCCAAGACCGAGCCGGUUGCUGCUCCAUCUGCUGAAACCGAGUCUACGCAGAAGCCCGCGGCCGAGCCUAUCGCGGCGUAA